AUGCAGGCUGAAUCAUUAACAGCCGACGAGGCUGCAGAAUUCGUCUAUGAGCUCCUUACAGACCUUCGAAAUGCUGCGUUAUUCUUUCGUCGUGAACUGUAUCUGUACUUUUUCUUGGAUCCUGAUGGUCGCCCCAUGCCACGAGCCGCAUGUUGCCAUCCCUGCACGAGUGCUUCCCUUGUCUUGGACUGCUCGCGGCUUCUCCGGCUAAAGCAAACAGCUCGAAAUGUCAAGAGCUGUCUCCUGGCGUGCUGUGCCGCCGCUUUCGCCCUCCCCCAUCGUCUUCGUAGUACACUUGUAUAUGCGCGUAAAGGCCUGGUGCCUCCUGCAGCCACGCGAAGACAGAUCUAUGCCCAGUGGGGCCUUGGUGCUGCAGUGCGAAUUCAGCUCGCAAGGGACCUCGAGGUACGCAUUCUUAGGCGAGGCAACGAAAAGGCACGAAAAGAAGGAGAGGUGAGGGGGGGAGAUGGCAGGGGGGCCAAGGGUCAGAAAGGUCAGGCACAACGCGAAACUGCUCGGGAUGGUGGAAGCGGAAAGAAGAAAGGAGGAGCUGAAAGGGACAUUGACACAGCCGCUCGUAUGCGGUUAGGUGUGGGCUGUUGUUGGUUGUCGGCGAGCAAAUGGUUUCAGCUUUCGCGCUUCUUUGAAGCGCUUGUGGCGGCGGGGGCUUCUCCCGUACGCAGCGGUCUCUUCCUUCUAAACGAAUUGCAAGCGGCUCUGAAAGGAGUUUCAUCCCCAGGACCUAUUGAGCCAGCAGACCUGGCGCUGGCGUUGUGCGCGGCGGAGAGGGGUACCCUCACCAACAAGACACUGCGCCUCUACGCUGCUGCCCUUUCCCGCGGAGACCCCAAUGCAAAGCAGCUGCUGACCGAAGAACCAGUAAGCCCCCAACUUAAUCAGAGAGCAAUCAGCGAAGUUGCAAGACUAGAAACAAACCUAACACCUACAGUUUGCAGCGCUGGUUCUGCAUGCGCAGGGAGCAACGGAGGCAAUGGAAGCCACGGCAGUCAAGGACCUCGAGCACAUCUUGAAAGAGCAUUGCGUGGAGGCUUAACUAAGAUUUACAACUGCUUGGGUAUGCGUUGCAGGCACCGUCCAGGGACCCUUCUGGGCAAGCUGCUGAGUCUGCACCCCGGGCUAUGUCCUCUAAAGGCGCGUCACCUCAUAGACAAUGCACUAGCUAGCCAAACACAGAAAAAAGACACGAAUAUUACCCAGCCAGGUGCACUGGGCUAG